CUUGCUAGGAUUUGGAAGGGUGGUUGUAUUAUCCGUGCUAUAUUUUUGGAUCGGAUCAAGGGGGCUUAUGACAGAAACCCGGAUCUUGCUAAUCUACUUGUGGAUGAAGAAUUUGCAAAAGAGAUGGUUGAACGACAGUCUGCUUGGCGAAGAGUAGUCUGCCUUGCUAUCAACUCGGGUAUUAGUACACCGGGUAUGUCUUCAAGUCUUGCUUACUUUGACUCGUACAGGAGGGAAAGACUUCCUGCCAAUUUGGUUCAAGCUCAGAGAGAUUAUUUUGGUGCUCAUACAUAUGAGAGGAUUGAUGUGCCGGGAUCUUACCAUACCGAGUGGUUCAAGAUUGCGAGACAGUCAAAGAACUGAGGUUUUUUGAUGUUUUCUUUUUACUUGACCUAAUUGAAUAAGGUUCGUGUUGUCAUUGAAUCUGGGAGGUUAUAUUCUGUAGUAUCAUGUUGUCAUCUGGUCUCUCAAAUGUUGGAACUUUACCUAUGUUGUUGUGAAGCCUAUUUGUAUCUUUAAGGCGUUGGCCCUUUUCUUUCAUUUACGCCCUUUUCUCCAGUUCUUUGUUUUGCAAUAUGAAUCUAGGAUGAUGUGCACUUCUCAUUUUCUUUUGUUAUUUGAGUCAAUUUUACUCGUUUCCCUCA